AUGUAUACUUUCGAGCCCCACCACCAACCAGGUCUAUAUUGGACGACGAAAGAGAAGGAUCAUAUCAGACAAGAGCUUCGGAUCGUCGGGGAGGCCACACUCCCCUCUGUGCCAAACUAUCAGUGCUUUUCCGACUCCCCCUCAGUUUUCGACGACAAGGUCAUUGUGCUUGCUCGGGAAGGAGGUUCCACCGGCCGUAUCGUAGGCUUCGUCUCGUGUGUCCUACUACCCAUUGACGGCUUCGACACUAUAAUACACACCGGACUGACAUGUGUUUUGCCCGAGAAGCAACGUCAGGGCCUGCAGAGUCGCCUCCACACCAGUCUUCAUAAGCUCUUGUGUACCGUUUAUCCACAAGGCAUAUGGUUCACGAGUGUUUCCUCAUCGAUCUCGAGCCUCGUGGGCAUCUCUCUCAAGACUGCCAACGUAUUCCCAUCGCCUGACGUUGCGCAAGCGCAAGAAACGCAUCAGCGUAUUGCAAAAGACAUAUCUCUUCGCCAUCGCGCUGCUCUUAACAUCGACGAUGAUGUUAUGUUCGAUUGUGAUCGAUUCGUCUUUUACUCAUCGCCAGACUCGCUGUGGUACAGAGACCCGAAGGACAAGGGCCAUCACCAUCGCAAUGUAGCUUACAACAACUACUACAUGACCUUGUUAUCCCAGGUACCUGGAAGUGAGGUACUUCAGGUUGGCUUCAUGGAUCCAGCACUGUAUGUGAAGGUUGGAAAUACUUCGAAAAAGAUUGGUCAUGCCUCGACCGCACACUCUAUUCUCGCCUACAUCACUGGCUUCCAAGCCUUGCUGUCGAAGUCGAGGAGCAUGUUUCCAUCGGUCGAUGGUUUUUGGCAAGGCCUGAGAGGUUUGAGGACGUGGUAUUAUAUGAGACAAAGAUAG